AUGGUCAAUAGUGCUGGCGCCACUGCGCCAACGACACCUCCUCGCAGCCUUCAUUCUGAAUCCGUGCUCAAGUCUAGGCCACUUGCAGUUGGCUUUGCCGCUGUCGGCGAACACAUCAGGUCACUGACGAUGUCCGACCAUGGAUCGCUUGGGAUGCCGACAACUACAAAGAAUCCGAUGCAGCCGGAAUGCUGCAGCAGCUCCUUUGUGGCUUCGAGGCUCUUCGAGGAGUGCCCCAGCAGAGAGAAGUCGAAAUUACUUCAAGAUUCCCUUGAAGCCGUGCUGGACAAGAUUCUUGGCGGUUCACACGGUGUGAAAGGAGCGCUUGAUGCCUUUGUCCAAUACCAAUUGCACCGUAGCCACAGUCUUGCGAGCAUUUUUUGCGUGCGGCGGCCGGCCAAUGCUGCACCCUUCGAAUUGAGCGACGCACCUGGGCCUACCGUCAACGCCAAGCUUUACAUCGUUCUCGUCUCUUGGAAAGCGGCGAAGGGGGUGGCGAAGGAUGGCGGGUGUAAUGGUAAGGGGAAGGGCCUGGGGAAUGGUAGUAAUGGUACCGACGAGCAAAAGACAGAGGCUAAUUUUUACGUGAACCAAGUGCCGACCGAGCCCGACCGCAACUUCAAAUGGAUCAAUGUUCUAUCAACCGUGGAGUUCAAAAGCAAGGGCGGUACCCUAGCUCCUCCAGCAUUGCACUACCAAGUGACGGAAUGCACUCUCCCUAAGCCAGGGUUCAAGUAUUUGAACCUUCGGAAGGCAACGAAGAAAUCUGCUGAGCCAAUGGCUUCGGCUGUUCGAAGCUCCAACAAGCCAUUGAAUGAACCGACAAAUAACAAACGCGGCUCUGAUGAUGUACCCUCUAACAAGCGCCUCGAAAUCGCCAACCGAAGCAAGACUGCCGAUGAGAACUACAUUGGCGAGGACUGCACUGACGAGAAGGAGCCGAAAAAUAUUCGCAGCCAACAGCGUCAGAGCGAGGCCGAAAUACUCGCGAAGGUGUACGACAUUGCGGGAAAGGAAUUGAAGGCGGGGCACGUCCCGAACAUGGUCUGGUUCCACAAGUUUGAAGAGACCUUCACGGCGAAAAUCAAGAGGGCGCUAGGAAUUCAAGACCCUGACGCUGAAGGACGCAGCUGUGUAUUGAUUAUCAUCGUGCUCGGGAAGCUCAUCCUGAUCACGUCGCUGAGCGAGAACGAAUUGCUUCACGCAUGGUGGAAAGUGGUGGUCUUGGCGCGGCAAUCAACAGUGUUUUACUGUCACUCUUCUGUCCAACCCUUUCGUUACAACCCCCUGAUAAUUUCUAUCCUCGACUGUGAUCCGCUAUCGCGAGCAAAUCAGACGUACCCUCGGAUGGACAAGAUUGUCGUUUCAUUGCGGGAAACAACACAACGACCAUCAGUUCUCCAAGAGCUUGGCCGACUCCGGGUACUAACUGGACUCGCGGUCAUAGAUAUCAUGAUGCGGCCUUCUCGUCGGUUUCAGAAUCACGCGGUGUUAGAGUUACGGGCUGUUACUUUCCUGUCAGGUUCUUCCAUCACGAAUUAUGCCCAUGCAGGAAAUUGA